AUGCUGUCAACUAACACACUGCCACUCGCAGCGGUUGCUGUUACCAAUACACUGUUACUCAAACCCGUUGUUAAUAUCAUACCAAUUUCAAUUACUAGAUUACUACAUAACACCAACUAA